UUAAUGUUGAAAAGACAACAUCUAUAUUGGACCUCAUGUGCAGCUCACUGUUUAGAUUUAUGCCUUGAAGAUAUUGGGAAAAAGCCCAGUGUAGCAAAAGUGUUAGAUGAGGAAAAGAAAGUGACUUGCUUUAUAUACAAUCACAUUUGGACUGUUGAUUUGAUGAAGAAGUAUACACCAGGGAAACAAAUACUUCGACCUGCUCUUACUCGAUUUGCAACUCAUUUCAUUCAACUUGAAGAGAUAACAAGACAAAAGCAAGGUUUGAGAGAAAUGUUUAAUUCAAAGGAAUUUAAAGAAUCAAAAUGGGGAAAGCAAAAGUCAGGGCCUGCUUAUGAAGCCAAAAAAAUUGUUUUGGGAAAAGGUUUUUGGAAAAAAGCCAAUGACCUCAUAAAAGUUUAUGAGCCCUUAGUAAGAGUAUUGAGACUUGUGGAGAGCGAUGAAAAACCAACGAUGGGCUUUAUUUAUGACGUUGAUAGGGCUAAACGAGCAAUUCAACAAAAUUGUCGAUAUUUCAUAGAGUAUGAAAAGAUUAUUGACAAUAGAUGGAAUUUUAUGCAUUCCGACUUGCAUUCAGCUGGUAAGAUAAAAUGUUUCAUAUAAUUAAGAACUAUUUUUAUAUUUUAUUAUUUUAAGCUUUAGAUUAUUAUUAUUUGAUGAUAUUCUUAUAAAUUAUAC